GACGGGAAAUGUCGAAAUGGCCACAAACGACAAACAAAUACACAACAGCAUCCAGGACGCCAACGCCAGAAGAUGAUAUCUCUAGCUCACCACCAUCUGUCAUCCCUUCCGACAUGGAAAAACAACAGAUUGAAAAGAACAUUCGCCCGGACAAGGUUUCUGCAUUUAAGGGCCUAGGAUGGCUAGAUCGCUUUCUGGCAGUGUGGAUCUUGCUUGCCAUGGCCAUAGGAAUUUUGCUAGGAAACUUUGUACCGCAGACGGGAGAAGUGUUGCAGAAAGGACAGUUUGUGGGUGUGAGUGCGCCGAUUGCGGUGGGGUUGUUGGUUAUGAUGUAUCCCAUCUUGUGCAAAGUGCAAUAUGAAACCUUGCAUCUUGCCUUCAAGACACGCGAACUCUGGAUCCAAGUCGGCUUUAGCAUUAUUGUUAAUUGGUUGAUUGCGCCAUUCCUGAUGCUUGGACUUUCUUGGGCAUUUCUUCCUGACGAGAAAGGGUUGAGAGAAGGACUCAUCCUUGUGGGAGUAGCGAGGUGUAUUGCCAUGGUGUUGAUCUGGACGGGUCUUGCUGGAGGAGAUUCACAGUAUUGCGCCAUCCUCGUCGCCAUAAACUCCAUCCUGCAAAUGGUGCUUUUUGCGCCUCUGGCCAUUCUCUUUAUCAACACCGUCAGUGACCCCGAUACAAUAAUCGAAGUCAAGUAUAGCACUGUGGCCACCAGUGUAGCUGCUUUCUUGGGGAUUCCNCUGGCUGCUGCCAUCAUCACUCGCUUUGCCAUCCGCAAAUUCUCGGCUCAGUGGUACGACACGGUCUUCCUCAAGUGGGUGGCACCAUGGAGUCUUAUCGGCCUCCUCUACACCAUCAUCGUGCUCUUCGCAUCCCAAGGCCACCGCGUAGUGCACCAAAUCGUCUCUGUUGUCCGCGUCGCCGCACCCCUCAUCGUCUACUUCUUCGUCAUCUUCAGUCUCACCCUUUACGUCACGCAUAAACUGGGCUUUGGGUACAAGUUAUCCACAACACAAGCUUUUACGGCCGCGAGCAAUAACUUUGAAUUGGCGAUUGCGGUGGCGACGGCGACGUAUGGGGCUGAUAGUGAUCAAGCGCUGGCAGCGACGGUGGGGCCGUUGAUUGAGGUGCCGGUGUUGCUUGGGUUGGUGUAUGUGGUGCGUUGGAUUGGGAAUCGGCGGCAGUGGAAGGCG